CACCAGUGUCUGCUUAACAGCAAAGCUCUUACUUAAUUUAAAUUAAAUAUUUAAUAUAAAUAUAAAUUAAAUAAUAAUAAUAAUAAUUCAAGUCAUUACUAUAAACUAUUUUCAAAACUCACUUUCUCUCUCUAUAACCAGAGAGAAAAGAAAACACCAGAUUUAAAUCACAAUCUAGAGAGAGAAAGAGAAACCAAACAACAAACAAAGCAUUCUCUCUCUGAUUAGAGUGUUUGUUUGUGGAUUGGAUUUUGGAGUUGGAAGAUUUUUCGAACCCUAACUAUUUUUUGGAUCCCGAGGUGCAUUUGGAUGUGAGAGACUGUGAAUCGUUCAGAUCGGAGAUGGCGGAGUUUUCCGGCGAAGUUGGAGGAGGAGAUGGAGUUGGGGGAGAGUUUAUUAGCGGCAUUGGUACAGUGCCGGCGGCGAACAGUACUCCGACUCCACCGCCGCCGCUUGCGGUUUCUGGUUCGUUUAAGGAAGGGAAGAGUUCGUCUUCGCGGAGGAGAGGUUCAAUGAUGAGGCCGAGUCUUGACUCGGAUGAGUUUAUGAACUUGUUGCACGGUUCGGAUCCGGUUAAGGUUGAGCUUAAUCGGCUUGAGAAUGAAGUUAGAGAUAAGGAUCGUGAGUUGGAAAAAGCUCAUGCGGAGAUCAAGGGUCUCAGGUUUUCUGAAAGACUUAGGGAAAAGGCAGUUGAAGAGCUCACAGACGAACUGUCUAAGGUGGAUGAGAAGCUGAAGCUAACAGAAUCACUUCUAGAAAGCAAAAAUCUAGAGAUAAAGAAGAUCAACGAUGAGAAGAAAGCUUCCAUGGCAGCACAGUUUGCUGCUGAAGCUACUCUUCGAAGGGUUCAUGCUGCUCAAAAGGAUGAUGAUAUGCCUCCAAUUGAGGCCAUUCUUGCACCUCUGGAAGCUGAGCUCAAGCUGGCUCGGCAGGAGAUUGCAAAGCUUCAAGAUGAUAACAAAGCUUUGGAUCGUCUUACAAAAUCAAAAGAAGCAGCUUUACUUGAAGCUGAGAGGACUGUUCAGGUUGCGUUGGCUAAGGCCUCCAUGGUGGAUGAUCUCCAAAAUAAAAACCAAGAGUUGAUGAAACAAAUAGAAAUUUGUCAGGAAGAGAAUAAAAUUCUAGAUAAAAUGCAUAGACAAAAGGUAGCAGAAGUUGAAAAGCUUACACAGACUGUAAGGGAGUUGGAAGAGGCCGUUCUUGCUGGUGGUGCAGCUGCAAAUGCUGUGAGGGAUUAUCAGCGGAAAGUUCAAGAGAUGAAUGAGGAACGGAAAACUCUUGACCGAGAGCUGGCUCGAGCCAAGGUAACAGCAAAUAGAGUAGCUGUAGUGGUAGCAAAUGAAUGGAAGGAUGCUAAUGAUAAAGUGAUGCCUGUAAAACAAUGGCUGGAAGAACGAAGAUUCUUGCAGGGUGAAAUGCAAAAUCUUAGGGACAAGCUUACUGUAGCUGAGCGAGCUGCCAAGUCUGAAGCUCAAUUGAAAGAAAAGUUCCAUUUGCGACUGAAAGUGCUCGAGGAGAGUUUGCGAGGAACUUCUAACAGUAGCAAAAUUGGUUCAGCUGAUGGAAGGAGUGCAAGUAAUGGCUCUUCUCGCCGUCAGUCCAUAGGUGGAGCUGAUAAUAUGUCAAAAUUAACUUCAAAUGGGUUUUUAUCGAAGAGAACACCAAGUUUGAGAUCCUUAUCGUCUAGUACUAGUUCUGUGCUGAAGCAUGCUAAAGGGACUUCAAAAUCAUUCGACGGCGGUACAAGAUCAUUGGACAGGGGUAAAGUCCUUUCGAAUGGUGGUCCCAGUUUCUCAUUCAACCAGUCAUGUGAUGCUACCAAGGAUAGCGAAUCACCUAAUACCUGGAAAGGAACUUCAGAUGAUAAGCCAACAGAGUUCCCAUCAGUAGAGUCUGAGGAUAGUGUCCCAGGCAUUUUAUAUGAUUUGCUGCAGAAAGAGGUUGUAGCUUUGAGAAAAUCUGGUCAUGAAAAAGAUCAAAGCCUUAAAGAUAAGGACGAUGCUAUUGAGAUGUUAGCUAAGAAGGUAGAUACAUUAACCAAAGCAAUGGAGGUUGAAGCAAAGAAGAUGAGACGAGAAGUUGCUGCUAUGGAGAAGGAGGUAGCUGCCAUGCGCGUUGAGAAAGACCAUGAACAUAGAGCCAAAAGAUUUGGUAACCCGAAACCCUCUGUCAACAGCACACUGCUUGCUGGAAGGUACAUUUGCUCCAAGAAUCCUUAUCGAGUCGAGUCAUUUCAUUAUUAAACACGUUUAACAUUCGUACCUUUGCAGAAGUAUGGGGCGAGGAGGAUUAACACGUAGCACCCAAUAACAAGUCCUACAUGCAACAACAGCAGCAGAAUCAGCAGAUAAGAAGUAAAUCCGGAUAGGCGCCCCUCGUUUCACAUUCCAUUUCUAUUGUCUUUACCUCUUCUUUUUUGUUUCUUAUGAUGAAUGAUAAGAUUGUAGCCCCCCCACCACCUCGGCGUGCCGAUGAUCCUGCUGCAUUCAAACUUUAUUAAAAAAAAAAAAAACAAAAUCAAAAUCGAAAGGAUAGCAACAUCUGCGCAAGAAAGUCGGUAUGCUUCUUCUGACUUAGAAGUUAUGUGUUAUAUAAAUAUAUAUUUUUAUCCCACUUGGUUUGCUGCUAUAGGGAGUUCAGCAAAGAAAAGUGGGGUAAAAAAGAAAGAGAAGGAAGGUGAUUGAUGACUACUAUUACUACAGUACUACUACUACUACUACUAACCUUUUGUCAGGUUUCUUGAGUGAAAGUGUGAUUGUUGUAUAGGUAGUUUUAUUGGGCUUUUGGUCUCCUUUUUUUAUUUUUUAUUUUUAAUUAAUAUAUUUUGUAAUUGCAGUUAGUGUGAUUUGUUGGUGGUUUUUGUUAAUAUUCUUGUAAUCAGAUGCAGAUAAGAUCUUUCUUUCUUUUUUUUUUAUGAUUGUGUUAAUUGAUCUGUAUUCUUCUUAUGUUUGAUUAUAUAAAUUGGUACACUAGAGAGUUAUACA